UGCCACCUUACUUUUUGAAAGGGGAGUAGAGCCGGGUUUUGAGGUGUGUUCUUGGUUCUGCUCCGGUAUGUUGGCGUUCUGCCUGCUGAGUGCCGUGUGGCUCGCAGCGAGCCCAGCCCGCGCUCAGAACGAGACGGAACCAAUCGUCCUGGAGGGGAAGUGCCUGGUGGUGUGCGACUCCAACCCGACCGCGGACCCCACGGGCACGGCGCUCGGGAUCUCUGUGCGCUCGGGCAGUGCCAAAGUGGCGUUCUCUGCAGUCCGGAACACCAACCACGAACCCUCCGAGAUGAGCAACCGAACCAUGGUCAUCUACUUCGACCGGGUUCUAGUAAACGUUGGGAAGAAUUUCGACGAGGAGAGAAGUAAUUUCAUCGCGCCACGUAAAGGGAUUUACAGUUUUAACUUCCACGUAGUCAAAGUCUACAACCGCCAAACUAUACAGGUGAGCCUGAUGCACAACGGCUGGCCGGUGAUUUCGGCGUUUGCCGGCGACCAGGAUGUGACGCGCGAGGCGGCCAGCAACGGCGUUUUGAUCCAGAUGGAGAAGGGAGACCGGGCCUACCUCAAACUGGAGAGAGGAAACCUAAUGGGAGGAUGGAAAUACUCCACCUUUUCUGGCUUCCUGGUGUUCCCCAUGUAGAGGAAGAGGAGGAGGAGGUGGAGCAGGGGAUGGAAACGAAAAGGAGGAGGAGCUGGGGAAAGAUGAAAAGUGUGAUGACGGAGAAAAGGCAGAUGGAGGAAGAAGAGGGCCGUAGGAAAAAAGAAGAGGACUUGAAUAAGAUGGCGGAAAAGAAGAAGACAGAAGAGGGAAUGUGACAACAGACUCUGAUUGGACACUGCAGAGGGAGGAGGAAAGAGGAAGGAUGAGGGAUGUAAGAGAGAUGUAAGAGCGUGGCACAGAACGAUUAUUAGAGGAUUAAAAGAGAAAAGAAUUACAAAGCCGGUACAUUAAAGUGCAUGGCCAGCUUUUUCACUCUCCUCCUUUCAUCCAUCCUUUCAUCCAUCCUCCCUCUGUUUUUUUCUCUGUGGCUUGACUGCAGCUUUGGACAGCCAAAACUUUUUUUAUUCUCUGCUGAAAGACGCAAUUGAUCAUUUGUAUGUUCCAGAGUGUUCUAAAGCCCGAGUGUAACCCUCCCUCCCUCCCCUCCCUCUCCUCCACAUUCAUUCAUUCAAUCAUUAAUUCAUCGACGUCGAUCAACAUACGCUUUGAAGAAUGUCUCUUGAAGAACUGUUCCUGUCAUCUCCAUUUAACUGUGGUCAUAUUUAUGUCUGUUUUUCAUGCUCGAGAUAAAAAGCACUGAUUUGAUUUGAUCAGCCUCAACCCCAAAACCAAAACUUUAAAGGGGACGCAAAACUGUGAUUACAAAAUCAGAUGCUGGUGAACGUAUUCCUUGUCAAGACGUAUUUUAAAGUUAUCCUAAUAACUACUGGCUUUUCAAAAUCUUUGUGUUUGUAAGACAUAUUCGUCUCCUUGGUCCCCUCCUAUCCAUUUCUCCUACAUCCAUGAAUUACAUGCAAAAAAUAUAAACGUGAUAUCGUUGUAAAAUGUCUCAGAGGAAAAAUAGUUUUUUAAUACCAAAUCGCAACGGAAAUGGAGUUUUUGAAAGACAGGUAACACCAUCUAAAUAACUGUUUUAAUUGUCAUGAUGAGGAAGCGUGAUACAACACAUUUGCCAAGUCACAAAAUGUUGAUACUGAAUGUAUCGCUACACAAUAUCUUCUGAUAGCAACCAAAUCUCAGAACCCAUCAGCAAUCAUCGUCUGAUAGAUGUUAUACGCCUCUGGGAGCGGAUGCCAAUUUCUCUGUAAUUUUCAGCGAAGCCAGCAGUCAGUGUUAAACGACUUCCAGGAAAGACUUCCUUUUCUGUGCAGCAUUUAUGUUCCAGACCUGUCAUUUAUUGGUCCAUAACAUCCCAGAGGAACACCCUCACAAACAGUAGAAUAAAAGAUAUACUCCAGCUUCACUCUGGCUCGCAUCAGCCGACAGAAACCUUUUUUUCUCUUUGAUUAAUCUUAAAUUAACUGAAAUAACAUCAUCAUAAUGCAGAUUUAUAAAACAGUAAGAAGUCAAGCUCUGUCAGGUCUGUCUUCAAGUAGAGAAGAAAACAAAUGUUGUUGAACUGAGGUCAGAUCGAUCAUUUCUGAUGGGUUUCAGGAAGUCAGGGAAUCUAAAUGCUGACCGGUUUUCAUGACACAGCGUCGAGAACAUUUGUCGCUAAAGUCAAAAUAUUUUAUCUGGAUUUGAUUGUUAGUUACGCUUUUAUGCAGAUAUCUAUUAACAGAGAUAACUUAAUCAUCAUUUGGUAUUUUCUUCUCUCCAUACACACUGUUUCUGCUGCAUCACACAAGAUGACAGACAGAUCUGAUAUAAUAUCAUCAUCGGGUACGAUAUUGACGUAAUUUACACAUCGGACAUUGGACUGACGGCGCCAAUCAAGAAACAAUGUGUGCUGUAUACAGCAACGUCAUGGGUAUAAUUUAAAAAUAGGUGUAAUUAAAAUAAGGCCUGCAAGAUAUGAGAAAUACAUGUGAUUUGCAAUAACAUAACCAAAGUCAUGAUUGACACCACAAUGAAUCAAACAUCCAAAGUGGCACCAGAUAAUCUGAGGGCAGCUGCUUGCUCGCUGCUAGCUAGCAUCUGAGUGUUUCAAAAUGGUGUGAAAACAUGGUCAUUAUACCCAGACCUCCGUCCCAUAGGUUGACUGAAAGUAUCGCUUGUUUCUUUAAAAUCAUUUAUCUUAUUUAUCGGGAUAAAUUCAGACUUUUGCGAUGUAUUUAUUGCAAUCGCUCAUAUCGCGAUAACGAUUAAUUAAUUGCGCAGCUCUGAUAAAAAUCCUGUCUUCAGUCUUGUACUUGAUACUUAUCUGUGACUGUAUGUAAUGAACCUCACGCUGGUGCUGAUACAACUCGCAUAGAGAGCAAUGCUACACCCCACUGUCACUGACAUCCGUCCGGCAGCCACACAAACAUUUGAAUAAACCUCAAUCCCCUCCGUCUACAUUUUCAUCUCCUUUCUCUGAGUCUGUUCAUCCAGCCGCCGUCACUGCUGCUGUUUUUUCAGAUAUGUACCCCUCCCUCUACAGGAUCCUCCCUUUGACUAUGCUGUUUACCCACAAGUGCAGAUUUCUCUCUCGUCCUCUUUUGUAUACGCCUGUUACCCCCUCACUCACCUCUCUCUCUUCCUUUGCUCCAUCCCCCUCUCCUUCCUCAUGUCUGUACUUUAUCUGCUGCUGUACUUGUUUGCCUCCCAGCACGGAUCCUUCCUUGCUUUUUCUUCAAUGAUGGACUUUGGGACAAUGAAUCCAACUUACAACCACAAACUCUAUGUAUACGAAUAGAUAUAUAUAAAUAUAUCGAAAUCUAAGCCACCGUUUUUAUUCUACUGGUAUUAUGAUGAUAAUAAUGACAAUACAAAUAUUGAAAACUGAAUCUGGUUGAUGACUAUAAUAUCUGUAUUUCCGUACUUCAGUGUUAUAUAAGAGAAAAAAUAUUCUAAGAGAAACUUACUAGUGAUUGUGUGUGGAAAUCUGAGGCUGCUGUCCUUCUCUUCUGAUUAAAAUCAUGCUUCUUGUUUUUGUUUUGGGUCAAACCAAGUUGUGGCAAAAAAAAGUCGAGACUACUUAUAGAAAAACCUAAAGCGUAAGAGGACUUUUAUUUAUAUAUGAUAUGGUUUAUAUUUUAUGAUUUUAUUUCAUUUUUUAUCUAUCAAGUCCAUUUAUCUACUGUUUUUCUUAUUAAUUUGCUCUGAUGAAAUCAAUAAAAUUUAAAUGGUACUUUUAUUUUUCUUAAACCUA